GAAGAAACCAGAGAGUCCCACUGCGAAGAAGAAGACACCCCAUUCACACAUCGCUCCUCGGCAGCUCUGGUCGCUCACGCAGUCCUUCUCGUCUGUAACACGGUCAUCCUCGGCCUCUCCGUCCUACUAUGGCUACGAGGGGAGAGUAACUGUCCUUAUACAGCCCCCAUGGAAGAAGCCGUAGCCUACACUACCCACAGUCUCACCGUCGACACAAAGUACUUUUCCAACGGGACGAUCAUCCCCGAUCCACAACACAAGGAGUUUGGUCCCCUUGGUCUGGAAGCGGACGCCGUGUGGUCGGCGAUGCUAGAGCACUCGAACAUCCGUCUUUCCCGCGAUGAGCUCAACGAAGACUACCACGACAUGCCAGGUCUAGUAGAGUUCAGCGACGGGUCGGGUAUCUACGGCUCGGUAGCGGUGUACCACUCCAUCCACUGUAUCAAGCGAGUGCACCAUUUGCUGCACUUUGACCAUUACCACCCGAACAAGAGUGCCGAGGAGACUCGUGCUCUUAUGCACCACGGCGUAGAACACUGUCUGAGCUACCUGAUGGAGGCAGUCAAAUGUAACGCCGACCUGACUAUCUUUCCCAUGCAAUGGGGUACCGAAACGCGUAUUCCCCUCGGUAUCGACCAAGGCCAACAUCAGUGCAAAGACUGGGGCCGCAUCGAGGAAUGGAUGAAGACGCGCAGCGUGGAUAUUUACACGCCGGGUUUAUUGGUGCAUCCGAAAUUCGGAUGGGCAUAUGCGGAUGGUGUCGACCAUCUUACUGGCGUUGCGCCGGGUACGACUGUUGCUGGUGGGAUG